UUUUUUUUUUUUUCGAGGCGCAUAAUUUAAUAUUUCUACACACACAGUAUACAACACCCUUUCACUAGGUGCUUCUCCCCCCUCCAUAAAUCCCAGAGAUUUCUAUAAACAAAAUACAGGAAAAUAAAACUGUUUCAACUGUCGCCGUUGGAUUUCCUCUUCAAUCCAUCUCCGCCGUUUCUUCUAUCUUCUUUUUUCUUCUUUUCUCACCUGCUAAUCGCUUGGAAAUUUGCUUCCAUGAUUGGUCGCGGUGGUCGACUAAUCUCGAUUGCUCGAUCUGAUGCUCAAGUAUCGAUCCGAUUGCCUUGAUUUCCGUGCCUUCGAGCGCUUGAAUCCCCAUCGAGCUGGGUCUUGAUAUCGGUGUUUUUUUUCAAUUUAUUCUUGCUAGUUAGAAACGUUUCUUCAGGCGAUUAUUUGAUAUUUCCUUUCUUUUAGGCGUAUGGCGAGGUAGCUUUAGUGGUUUUGGUUUUGUUUGUUGAUUUGGUUCUCAAAUUUUGAAGCUUUUGUGUAUUUGAUAGUUAGGUCUUUGUAGAUUUAGAUUUUUGAGUUUUUUUUUUUCAAUUAAAUUAAAUUAGUGUUAGCAGAGAAGCUUCAAAUCCGCGAAUAGAUUUGUAAAAGUUCAGAUUUCGAAAGUUUUGAUCGAUCAGUUUUGAUAAGAGCAGCUUGAAAUCUGUAAAUUUAUAGUCAACUACUUUGUUUGGAGGGUUUUUUAUUUGUUAAGCCAUGGAAGAGGAGAAUCAGAACAGUAAAAGCAAUAGAACGAAUUGCAGUAGCAGUAUGUCCGAUGUCGUUUUAGGCUGCGUGAUGCCCUACAUCCACGACCCACGGGACCGCGAUGCCGUUUCACUGGUUUGCCGCCGGUGGUAUGAGCUUGAUGCCCUUACACGAAAGCAUAUAACCAUCGCUUUCUGUUAUACCACAAGCCCGGAUCGGCUACGACGUCGCUUCAAGCACCUCGAAUCCUUGAAGCUGAAAGGGAAGCCGAGGGCUGCUAUGUUUAAUUUAAUACCGGAGGAUUGGGGAGGCUUCGUUACUCCCUGGGUUAAUGAAAUUGCGGAAUCGUUUAAUUGCUUGAAAUCCCUUCACUUUAGACGCAUGAUUGUGACGGAUUCGGAUCUGGAGGUUCUCGCUAAGUCUCGCGGCCGGGUUCUACAGGUGUUUAAGCUUGAUAAGUGUUCUGGGUUUUCUACCGAUGGGCUUUUACACGUGGGUCGCCUGUGCAGGCAACUAAGAACAUUAUUUUUGGAAGAGAGUUCGAUUCUUGAGAAAGAUGGUUACUGGCUACAUGAGCUUGCCUUGAAUAAUACGGUUCUUGAGACUCUAAAUUUAUACAUGACGGACCUCAAUAAAGUCAGAUUUGAAGACCUUGAACUCAUAGCCAAAAACUGUCGCAACUUAGUCUCUGUCAAGAUUAGUGAUUGUGAAAUUUUGGAUCUUGUUCGUUUCUUUCAUACUGCAGCUGCUCUAGAAGAAUUUUGUGGGGGUUCCUUCAAUGAUAUGCCAGACAAGUAUUCUGCUGUGACAUUUCCCCAAAAAUUGUGUCGUUUGGGUCUAACCUAUAUGGGGAAAAAUGAAAUGCCGAUAGUGUUCCCUUUUGCAUCCCUGCUUAAAAAGUUGGAUCUCCUCUAUGCAUUGCUUGACACAGAGGACCAUUGUCUUCUAAUUCAAAAAUGCUUCAACUUAGAAGUUCUUGAGACAAGAAAUGUUAUUGGAGAUCGAGGGUUGGAAGUUCUUGCUUCAAGUUGUAGGCGACUAAAGAGGCUUAGAAUUGAGCUUGGUGCUGAUGCGCAGGGAAUGGAGGAUGAAGAAGGUGUAGUUUCACAAAGAGGAUUAAUUGCUUUGGCUCAGGGUUGCCUAGAACUGGAGUACAUGGCUGUUUAUGUUUCUGACAUUACAAAUGUAGCUUUAGAACAUAUUGGUGCUCAUUUAAGGAACUUGAAUGAUUUUCGAUUGGUCUUGCUCGACCGAGAAGAGAGGAUAACAGACCUACCACUCGACAACGGAGUUCGAUCUCUAUUGAGGCAAUGUAAGAAGCUUCGAAGGUUUGCUCUGUAUCUUCGACCGGGGGGUUUGACUGAUGUGGGUCUUGGUUAUAUUGGGCAGUACAGUAUAAAUGUGAGAUGGAUGCUUUUGCGUUAUGUUGGGGAGUCUGAUGAAGGGCUUUUGGAAUUUUCUAAAGGAUGUCCUAGUCUUCAAAAACUAGAAAUGAGGGGCUGUUGCUUCACUGAGAGUGCACUGGCCAGAGCUGUGAUGCAACUGACUUCUUUGAGGUAUUUGUGGGUGCAAGGUUACAGAGCAUCAUCAUCCAAUCCAGGUCGCGAUCUUUCAGCAAUGGUUCGCCCCUUUUGGAACAUCGAGUUGAUUCCUCCUAGAAAGGUUGUGGUGGUUAAUCAGGUUGGAGAGGAUGUUGUUGUUGAGCAGCCAGCCCAUAUACUUGCAUAUUACUCCCUUGCUGGACCAAGAACAGAUUUUCCUAACUCUGUUGUCCCCUUGGAUUUGGUGGGGUUAGUUGCCACGUAGAGCUGUAUAUUGAUGUUGCGUAUCUUUCUUUUUUCCUACGAUGCCCUGUUUGUAAAUUUAUCCAUCUUUUUCCAUUGUGGUAAAAGGAUUUCAGUUCUAAUUUUAUUUCUGGACCUUUGUCCUGUAAUAAGCUUGCAUUUUCUCUGUAAUUUGAAUCCAUUUGUACACUUGAUGCUCUAAUUCUUACCCUCUUGUUUACGGCCAAUUAGCAGUAGGUCUAAUUAUAAGGAGACUUGUACUUCCAUCUUCCUAUUCAAUGUUGUUGGAAAUUGAUAUCUGAAACUGGGAAUGAUUAUGAGUUCUUUCA